ACUCGCAACUGCAAGAAAAAAGUCAGAAUUGUGGGAUAAAAAGUCGCAAUUACCUUUUUAUUUUUUUAUUUAUUAUUUCAUAAAAUACAGCUGUAAACACGGUCCAAAUUGGCUUGCGCUCGUCCACUUUCAAACACAUUUGGAAAAAGCAUGUGACCACAUUGCAUUUGUAGUAUAAACGCUCAUGUGGUGGAAUACAUUCGAACAGCGAUCAACCACGGCACUAAAACAAGCCUUUGCCCAUUAUGUGCAGUUUAAAUAAGUGUCCAUUUCAUGGAACUGGAUUUUUCCCUACAUUUUAGUUUAUUUGUGUGCUUAUUCAACACACAGUAACAGUGACGUAAAUUCAUGUAAUCAGAGACCCUCCCCUCAAAAUCCAAUCAUAAGUGGUCAGAGGAGACGCAUUUGAGAUGCAGUUACUACCAGGUGUGAAUGGCGAAUGUGUCGCCUUUGACCACGUGAUUGGAUCAACCAAAACACAAGCAGACCCAGGUGUAAACAGGGUCUCUGUGUGGAAGAGUGUCUCGCCAUUCCCCAUCCCCCAAGACGCAAGGCAUUGAGUGAAGACACUUGCAAGUGAUAAACAGAAGCUGCCACACUCUAAACGUCCCUCACACUGCCUCCUGUCCAAGCGUCGGAGACAGAUGGACCGGGAGAGUCCAUGUGCCUCACACAUUUCCAUUUUUGACCGUGCCUGCAGCGGUCCUCCCAAAAUAACCCCCAUUCCUUACGACCUUAUAUGUGCAAGGCCUCAGUGAGAUUACAGUCUGGGGGAGAAUCACGAAUCCAGGCCACACGAGACUCGCCGUUGUCUCGUUGCUUUGUGGUUGUUAGCAGGCCUGUUAGCAUCUCCAGUCUUGCUAUGCAUCUCACAGAACUAGAUCAGGAGUGUUUGCUACACCUAUUUUCAUAUCUAGACAAGGACAGUCGCCGCAACUUGUCCCUGACUUGCGUACGACUAAGACAAGUCUUCCUGGACCCGCAACUGUGGACGCUACUUCACUUCAGUUCUCCAUGCGAGCUAAGGAGGGACAACUUUGUUCUGGGCUCUUCGCUGAGGUACCUGGCUGUAUGCUGGCACUCGAGCAGGGUCAAAGUGUGCAACAUUGAGGACUGGAUGAAGACUACAUUCCAGAGGGACCUCUGCAGAAAGCACGAGAGCCUCGUCAGUGACUUCCUGGAGCGUGUUUGCCACAUGUGUCCAAAUCUAGUCUCGCUGACUCUGUCUGGAUGCGGACACAUUAUGGAUCACAACGUCAUCAACGUACUACAAAGUUGCAGGAGGCUACGUAGCCUUAGUCUAGAAAACUGCGCUCGGAUGACUGACUCCGUCCUCCAGGCUGUGGUGAACCACGGAAACAGUCUCACAGAGGUGAGGGUGGACUUCUGCCGCAACGUGACCCAGGCAGGGCUGCAGGAGGUCAGAGACAAGAGACCAGAAGUGCACCUGAGCGCAUUACACAGUGCAGAUAUGAUUCCAGACAGCAAGCCUGAGGAGAAAACACAGAUCAGGAGAGCUCUGCAGAAGUUCUUGAUCUUCUCCUGACAGCUAGAAGCUACCUAGAGACUUCAUGUCAAGUUGAGGUUCACAAAACUGUCCAGUACUAUUACAGAUGUUUUAUUUUUUAUUUCACUAUUGAUAUUACACUUCUUUGUAAUUCUGUAAUUCCUUAUUUUGUCAUUUCACAAGUUACCGUGACAGUCAGUCUUCAUCUAUGAAGUUUUCAUUCCUAUUUCAUUUAAAUUUGUUGUGUUUACAUUCAGUCUUACAACCUUUCUAAUAUUUUAUUUGUUCAGCAUUCUCAUUUCAAACUCAUUUUUUGUACCUUUGCUGUCAUGGGUUGUUUUUCUUUUGUUUGUUUGUCUAUUUGGCUCCAUGAAAUGACUCACCGGUCAAGUAAACAGUACAAAGACUAAGUAUUCAAUAUGCAGGGCAGUGGCCCAAUCCACACAUUUCAACCAAAUCUUAGGUUUUGAUUAUAAAACAAUUGUGAACUCUGUGAAGGGCAGUAUUUUUUAAAAACACAGCUUGUUUUGGUUGCAUAAUCAAGGUUUUUUCUGGAACAAGUCAUAGUUGGUUAUUCUCAUUGUGGGUUUUGGACUUCCUCCUAGUUAUGCAAGAACAAUAUUUGACCAAGCACAGGUUUACAGCCUUGCUGCAUGACUUUUAUUAAGCAAUAAGGUGUGAGAGGCUGUACUUGUGAAUAUAGUCAUAUUGUGAAUCAUGUCAUGUUAGUCACAACAUGCCUGAGGGACUAUUUUCACAAUACAGCAUGGCCUUGAGUGGCUUAUUUCUCCUAAAAAACCUUAAUGUUAAGCAAAUUCAUUCAUUAAUCUUGUAUUAAAAAACAGUUCCAGACCUGGUUGCUGAUUAGUCAACAGCGUUUCAGCCAUACUAAAUCCCAAAGUAUACUUCACUUUUUACGCGUAUGCGAGGGUCAGAAUUUCGUCAUCAGAAGAGUAUGCACGUACUGUACUCGCACCGCCAGAUUUUUGUAACCACGCGUACUUUGUACGUGGAGGUCACACAUGAACAUUUAAUUUUUUUGCAGUAAUUAGUUUAUCCACACGGUGGCAACCGUGCCCGGGGGGGCGUCAAUUUACAAGGUAGUCAAACAGUGUUGCCAAGUCUGCGGUUUUCCCGCGGAAUUGGGCUACUUUUACACAGUUGCCACGGGUUGUUUUUCAUGUCCGCGGGUUGAGGCGACCCCAAGUAACAUGAUAUUUAGCCCGUGGAAUACGAAUUUUACCAGGGGGACCCCGCCAAAAACGCGGAUUUUACCCCCCGAAUGCGGAUUUUUACUGUGGGACCAAUGCGUUUUGGGCUAGUUUUGUGUUUUGGGCUAGUUUUGAGUAGCAAUUGGCUGGGUUUUGUUGUAAAAACCUGGCAACCCUGUAGUCGAAGAAAAACAGCAUAAACUGAACAGACCAGAACGCAUGCAAGCUACAGCGACAAUGGAGGUCUACAUAGACGAGAGAUUGUGCGAAGAGGUUAGAAAGUACCCUCAUUUGUACAACUCUAGCAUGAAAGAAUACAAAAUUUUUUACAUGGGUUGUAACUCGUGGCGAGAGAUUGCUCAAAACUGCGCAUGUGUCAAAUGCCUGUGUACGCGUACGAGUCAAAUGAACUAUACUUUGCAAGGUUGUGCGUUCGACUGUGACUGUACACUAGCGUAAGUGUAAAAAAACGAAGUACACUCAGGGCUUAAAGCACACAGUAUAAACAAAACCUAGCCACCCAUAAGCCCAAAGUAUAGUUCACUUUUUACGCAUACGCGAGGGUCAGAGUACAGUGCGCGUGACGCAAAUUUCGUCAUCAGAAGAGUAAAUUUUUGUAAAUGUGCGUACUUGUACACGCAGGUCACACAUGCGCAUAUAAUUUUUUUGGCAGUAAUUAGGUGGCGUCGAUUCACAGUCGUACACUAGCAUAUGCGUAAAAAAAGUAUACAGAGCUACAGAGACCAAACUUCAAUUUAUUAUAUUUUCUAGCAGAAUGAUGUAACAAUGAAUUUGCUUAAUAAUAUGUUUGAAUUUAUUAUUUCUUUUUGAAUUUUUUUAUUAUGUACUGUAUCAUUUCUGUACAUUUAGACUAUUUACAAACUUACACAUUGACUGUUGAAGAAAUAUGUUCUUUAGGUAUGCAGGUGUGUCAUAAAUUCAUUUCUGGAGCAUUUCUUUGACCCGUAUAUUCAACUCAGUGGAUGCAGAAGGCAGUUUGGGUAUUGUUUUCCUAUCAUGAGUUUUUUACACAUCUUACUCAUUUGAAAUACUUACUGGGUUGCAAGGAAAUAUGUAUGUAUAUUUGGACACAAGGAAUUUUUCUUUACCAAGUUGCUAAAUUGAUUUGGUAAUUGCUUACAGGUUAAUUAAUACAUUUAUUGAACAUUGGUGCCUUUUAUCAUAUAACAGCAAUAAACUAUUAUAGUUAUA